CGAAAUCGAGUCUAUUUACGCAUGCUGGUGUUGUUGUGGGCUUGAGGGAGACCUGUUGCGCCGCCCAGCCUCCCGAGCACAGCGUCACUUACGGUGGUGGUGUGUUCUGGUGACCCUGCACGACAUUCACCAAAUCUGCGCCCUCACUCUUCUAGCGCGAGACCACCACCACCACCACCGCCGCCACCACAAACUCUACACAAGAUGGGGGAGUGUGGCGGGGAAGAUUCAGCCCUGGCAAGUCUCUUCGGGCCUGACCAGCCAAGGAACAGCAAAAAGGACAAGAAAAAUAGGAAGAUCAAUCGACGGAAAGCAGACAACAAAGGAAAGGACAAGAUGGAUGCCUUUCUCAGCCUGUUUGACCCAACACUGGAGGAUGAGACCGCGAGUGACAUGGAUGAACUAAAUGGCAAUGUGAUCCGAGACAACACAUGGCAGCACGAGAGGCGAGGGACCUUAGGGGGCAUCCGUAGGGGUCCCAGCGUCGCCAUUCUCCCUGACCAGCUUCCCUCUGAGCCCCAGGAGGGAAAUAUUGAGUACAAGUUGAAGCUCGUCAAUCCGAACCAUGAGAGAUUUAAACGUCUUGUGUCUCAGAUGCAGUGGAGGUUACGCGAGGGUCUGGGAGAGGCUAUAUAUGAAAUUGGCGUGGAGGACUCUGGGUUUCUGCUUGGCCUGACGGAGGAGGAGCUCGAGGCGUCCAUGGCCACACUGCGUCGGAUGGCCUGCCAGCUGGGUGCCUCUCUCACCGUCAUCAGGGAAAAGGUCAUCCAGGGUCAUGAUGGCCAGACUCGCAAGGCUGCAGAAGUUCUAGUCAGAAAGGUACCUGAUGACCAAUAUAGCAUAGAGCUCCGAGUGGCGGUUCUUGGUAACUCGGACGUGGGCAAGUCAACGCUGCUUGGAGUGCUGACGCGAGGGGAGCUGGACAAUGGAAGGGGGUGUGCACGUCUCAAUGUGUUCCGCCACCGUCAUGAAGUGUGCUCCGGGAAAACCUCAUCCAUUUCUCUGCAGCUUAUGGGGUUUGAUUCUCAGGGGAACGUCAUUGACCAGACCUGCACAAGGAGCCGAGACUACGACGAUGAGGACAUCUGCAGCCAGUCCAUCAAGAUCAUCAACUUCAUCGACCUCGCUGGAGACCAGAAGUACCUCAAGACAACAGUGUUUGGCCUGUCAGGGUACUCGCCCCACUACGCUGUGCUGGUGGUGAGUGCCUUCUCUGGUGUGGCGCCCAUGACAGAGGAGCACCUGAGUUUGGCGCGGGCCCUUGAUGUGCCCAUUGUCAUCGUGGUGACCAAGACUGACAUCGCCUCCCCACAGCAGAUUCAGCGUACCAUCACCGACCUCACACAGACACUUACACAGCCGGGGUACAAGCGGGUGCCGCUAAUUGUGCAGAACGAGGAUGACGCCAUAACAGCCGGCAGCAACCACCUGGAGGGGAAUGUGGUGCCGAUCUUCUGUGCCUCCAGCGUCACUGGCGAUGGACUCAGUCUGCUCAAGAAGUUUCUGUUUGUGUUGCCGCCACGCAUGAGCAACAAGGAGAGGGAGAAGCUGGAGCAGGAGCCGGCAGAGUUCCAAAUAGACGAGGUUUUCCACGUAGACAACAGCAUCAUUGUUGGUGGUCUGCUCACCAAGGGCGUCAUCACUCAGGGCACCACACUGCUGCUGGGUCCCAUGGAUAACUGCAGCUUUGUGCCAGUCACCAUCGGCUCGCUCCACCGCAACAAGGUGCCGUGCAGGGUGGUGUGUGCAGGACAGUCAGCCUCCCUGUCUCUCGAGGGGCCACAGCUGCACCUCCGAAAGGGCAUGAAACUAAUGAGUGUGGAGGCGCGACCAAGGGCUUGCUUCUAUUUCCAGGCGCGUACUCAGGUGCUGCACCACUCCACCAGCAUUGGCCGAGGCUUCCAGGCCACGGUGCACAUCGGCAACGUGAGGCAGACAGCCGUGGUGGAGGGCAUCCUUGGCUCCCGGGGACUCCACACCAACGAUAGGGGCUCCGUCAUCUUCCGCUUCCUCCGCCAGCCUGAGCUGGUGCAGAACGGGUCCAGGCUCCUGUUCCGGCAGGGGUCCACCAAGGGCAUUGGCAAGGUGAUCCAGGUGUUUGAGGAGGAGCCGGACAAUGUGGACAUCUACAAUGGCCUUGCUAGAUAAACACUCCACCACUCCACCGCUGGCAGGACACAACACCAUCUGGUCUUUGGCCGGGUUAUAUUUAUUUUCUUGGAGGUGAUUGUUUUACCUUACUAUGUAUGUGUGCAUACAUACAUACAUACAUACAUACAUAGUCUUUAUCUCAAUUAGCCUGUUGAGGACUCAGGUUAUUAGAUUGUGUAUGUUACAUUGUUUGUCAAUCUGGUGUAGUCCAUUGUGUGUGUGUGUGUGUCUGUGUGUAUGUGUGCACGUGUGUGUGCACACAUACAUGCAUAUAUGCCUGGUGCCAGAGGCAACACACAGCCACACCUGCAGGCUAAGGGGAAGGCAGAGCAGUGUUGUAAGUGCUCCUGGCCUUCCCACGGUGCCAUACACAGCCUGGUUGUCCUGACACAAUUCUCUCCUCUGUCCUGCCCUCACAUCAGAGAAAAUUAUGGUUUUAUUUGUUGUUGUGGAAGAGCACAUUUAGGAAUGACAAAUUUGUAAUGGAGUUUAGAAUGUGGUGUUUGAGUUGUGUGUGUGACGAGAGGUGGUGGGCCGAGUGUGUGAGGCAGAGAGGAGUGGCUGGUAGGACUGGCUGUCUUGGUUCAUGGCAGGGAAGUGAAGUGUUGAGUCAGUAAUUGUGAUGGAGAUGGAUGGACUGCUCAGCCACAUCCAUUCAUUGCAAAUAUGCUGGAUACUUUCCAGCAGUGAUCUUAUUGUUUCAAUUUUGGAGAUAAUCACUGUGUGGUGAACAGGAGAUAAUGGUGAGCACCUCUGUGAGGUGUGUCUUUAUCAGAUAUUACUGUUGUAUAGAUAGCCAUGCACUAAUCUGUCUAAUUGAGAAUUUCUUGUGCAUAAUAAUGUUAAGGAAAUCAGUUCUUUCUUUCACAGAUGAUUAUAUUAGUCAUGAAUAGUUUUGUUUACUCUAUACAGUAUACAGUUCCAGUGUCACGCUGUUUAGCAUUACUGAUGAGCACUAGAGUCGUGUCUGUAUUACUAUAUCUUUAAAUGUUCUUUCUAAUGUUUACCUAUUAUUGUAGUGUAGGUUGAUGAUUCAUCAGGAACUUUGACAUAUUAAGCUUUACAGUGUUACUUGAGUGCAGCGAUCCCAUGAUGGUGGGUGUGAGGACAGGCCCGCCGUAACAGUCAGAGACAACCCCACAACUUGGACAUCAGAGCCUCUGCCUGAUGGAACGUCUUAGUCGCUGUGAAGGGAAUGGAACACCACACACAGCUGUGUGUUGGUGGAUUCUGAGUGCUGUAAGGUGUUGGAGCCUCACUGGUGCUUCCCUCACCUCUGAUGGCACUUGGUGAAGCAGAAUGUGAUAGAGAGUAGUGUAGAAAAAGGUGGUGUCUGCUGCCAUAGGAAUCUCCUUAAUCAAAUUAGUGGUGAUGAGGUGAAUUGAGGUUGUGACCCAGCACUGUGAUGCCACGCCACGCCACGCCACGCCGGGGACGUUCAGUGUGGGGAAGUUUGCCGCCCACCUGCCAUUGGACUUUACAUUUUUCUGAAGCCCAAGUCUUGAAACGUAGAGUUCAAAGUUUUACAAUAAUGUCUUUUCUUUUUUCUACAAUACAGUAUUUUACUACAGAAAUUUGAUAUUAGUUGAAUAAUAAUGAUACUUGUGUAAUAUACAUAAAUUGUUUGUAUGUAACAAUGUAAGUUUUUGAAGGCCAUUUAAUUCGAAAAGGAGGAAAAGAAUAAAGGAGAGGAGAUGGAAAUGAUGAGGUGCUGAUGACAAGCACCUCACUUGCCACUUGACAAAGCAACAUUGUACCUGCAUAGUUUUUUGUAAGAAACUAGAAGUAUGAAAAUCUUCCCUUAAUUCUUAACUGUUGAGAUCCAUCAUGAUGCUGCUGUUGCUGCUGCUGCUGCUGCUGCUGCUGCUGCUGUUAAGUAAUCAAGUAAAGUGAAGUGAUUUAAGAAUGUCAUGCUUGGUGUGCAGACUGGUGCCACUGAGGGAUUUGUGUUAAUGCUAGUGGAAAGUGUCUGCCCUGAGAAAAAUGUUAAAUUUAUUCAAUUCAUUUAGUGAAAUGCUUACGGUGGCAGUGUGUCCUUGAUGGAAUGCAGUGCUGUUAUCAGUGUCACUCAAAUUAGAGAAGAAGCUGUUCUCUGCAUGAAAAUAUGCUUGAUAAUAAUUUAAAUUCAUUACUGACAAGAAAUUAAUAUGAAUUUGUUACUUGUUAGUAAUGAGGGAAAUUGAACAGAAGCAUGGAAUAUAGAGAAGAAAGGAAGAACAUGAGGAUGAGCAAGGAAUGGAAAUGAAUAGAAUUGUGAAGAUUGUAUCUGCAUAUGACAUGAGAAGAGGAAAAUAAAGAAGGAUAAUGACAGGAAUGGAGUGAGAAGACUGGAUCAGUGUACAAGAGAUGUGAAGAGUGAAGGGCAGAAAUAAGAAAGAUGAAAAGUUUGGACAUCAGUAAGAAGAGAACAAGUUUGUUGGCAUAUUUACUCCCGCAGUCCCACCACUCACUCAUCCUUUCAGUCACUGGUCCUCGUCUCACUGACAUCCACACCCUUGGCUGCCACUUACCCGUUUGUCGAGUUUAUUCCACUGCUGAGGAUUGUCCCCGCACAUGAGGUAUCUCAUGUUACAGAUGUGUUAGGACUUCACUUUCAGAACCCCAUUUUUGCAAGCCUGGGACGCCACACGUUUAGUAGUGUUAGUGUUGUGUGCAGUCGCGAAGUCAGUCUGUUGUGAUGCAUGUCACAUUUCAAUGGUGUCUGAUGGCAGGUGGGUGCACAAGUGUGUCUUCUGUUUUCUUUCAUCAUAGUUUGCAUAUAUUUGGAUACCUGAUGUAUAUACGUAUAAAUAUAACAGAAUUUAUUUUUUGAAUGAGAGAUGCCUUAUCACUAUGGUUUAUUAUGUUAAUGAUUGGCCUAAGUUUUUGUGCUUUCUGUGUUAGUCUGUGAGACAGUCCCUCCUAAACACCGGUAAAUAUUGCUUUCAUAUUUACAAUAAAUAUAGGAACAUU